GUCACAGGCCGCGGCCCUGAGAGAGGGGAAGGGAGUCGGACCCGCUCGGCAAAGGGGAAGUCGCCGUGCUCUGCUCGGUGUGGUGGCCUCGCGGGUGACUCUGGCUGCGACUCAGUCACUGACACGGAGCCCGAGGACGAGAAGGUCGUCCCCUGCUCGAAGCAGCAGAGCCCGCCGCCGGAGACCUCGCCGGGGACCCUGAUGGUGGUGCAACCAGACCGCAUUCGCUGUGGGGCAGAAACCAUUGUCUACGUGAUCGUGAGAUGCAAGCUGGAUGAUCGGGUGAGGACGGAAGCUGAGUUUUCCCCGGAGGACUCCCCCUCGAUGCGGGUAGAAGCCAGGCUGGAGAAUGAGUACACCGUCUCCGUGAGGGCUCCCAACCUUUCGUCUGGGAAUGUUUCUCUGAAGAUAUAUUCCGGGGACUUGGUGGUGUGUGAAUCCAUCAUCAGCUAUUAUACUGACAUGGAAGAAAUUGGGAAUUUACUGUCAAACGCCGCGAAUCCUGUGGAAUUCAUGUGCCAGGCCUUUAAGAUCGUGCCCUACAACACAGAGACCCUUGACAAGCUGCUCACCGAGUCCUUGAAGAAUAACAUCCCCGCGAGCGGACUUCACCUCUUUGGCAUCAACCAGCUGGAAGAGGAAGACAUGAUGACAAACCAGAGGGACGAGGAGCUGCCCACCCUGCUGCAUUUUGCUGCCAAGUAUGGCCUGAAGAACCUCACGGCCCUGCUGCUCACCUGCCCGGGAGCCCUCCAGGCCUACAGCGUGGCCAACAAGCACGGCCACUACCCCAACACCAUGGCCGAGAAGCACGGCUUCAGGGACCUCCGUCAGUUCAUCGACGAGUAUGUGGAAACCGUGGACCUGCUCAAGAGUCACAUUAAGGAAGAGCUGAUGCGAGGGGAGGAGGAGGAGGAGGACUCCGUGUACGAGUCCAUGGCUCACCUCUCCACCGACCUGCUCAUGAAGUGCUCCCUGCACCCCGGCUGCGACGAGGACCUGUACGAGUCCAUGGCAGCCUUCGCCCCUGCAACCACUGAAGACCUCUAUGUCGAAAUGCUUCAGGCCAGCACGUCAAACCCGAUGCCCGGAGACCGUCUCUCUCAGACCACCAAGGACUCCAUGAUCCGCAAGUUUUUAGAAGGCAACCACAUGGGAAUGGCCAGUUUGGAUAAAGAGCUGCGCUCCCUUGACCAGGAAGAAGACGUUUACCACACGGUGGAUGACGAUGAAGCCUUUCCGGUGGACCUGGCCAGCAGGCCUCCCGUCCCCGUGCCCAGGCCGGAGGCCAGUGUUGCUGGUGGCCACCAGCUUCCCGACAAUGAGCCGUAUAUCUCUAAAGUUUUUGCAGAGAAAAGUCAAGAGCGGCCUGGGAAUUUCUAUGUUUCCUCGGAGAGCAUCAGGAAAGAGCCGCCCGUCAGACCCUGGAGGGACAGGCCCCAGUCGAGCAUAUACGACCCUUUUGCGGGGAUGAAGACGCCAGGCCAGCGGCAGCUGAUCACCCUCCAGGAACAGGUGAAGCUGGGCAUCGUCAACGUGGACGAGGCUGUGCUGCACUUCAAAGAGUGGCAGCUGAACCAGAAGAAACGAUCGGAGUCUUUCCGCUUCCAGCAGGAAAAUCUCAAACGACUGAGAGACAGCAUUACCCGAAGACAGAGAGAAAAGCAAAGAUCAGGAAAGCAGACAGACUUGGAGAUCACGGUCCCGAUUCGGCACUCACAGCUCUUGCCCGGGAAGGUGGAGUUUGGGGUCUAUGAGAGCGGCCCCAGGAAGAGUAUCUUCCCCCCCAGGACGGAGCUGAGACGAGGAGACUGGAAGACAGACAGCACCUCCAGCACAGCGAGCAGCGCAAGUAACCGGUCCAGUACCCGGAGCCUUCUCAGCGUGAGCAGUGGCAUGGAGGGGGACAACGAGGAUAAUGAAGUCUCCGAGGUCACCAGAAGUCGCAGUCCAGCCCCACCUCAAGUGGACGGAACCCCCACCGCGUCCCUGGAGAGGCCGCCCCGGGUGCCGCCGAGAGCCGCCUCGCAGAGGCCUCCAACAAGGGAGACCACCCAUCCUCCUCCGCCCGUUCCACCCAGAGGUCGCUGAGCCCGCCUCCUAACACCUGC